AUGGCUGCUGAGCGUUGGCAACUGCUGACCUAUUUCAAGGAGCGAAUGUUUUCAGUAACCUCCACUGAGCAUGCGCCUUGGUUCAUUAUCGACUCCGACAACAAGCAGCAGGCAUUGCUGAACGCGAUCCAUUGCGUGCUCGUGCAGUUCGGGUAUGAAGACAGCGGGCUGAUUCAUCCGUCAUUGCAGGCAGAAUCAGAAGAUCAGCAGGAUUCUGGACUGCUGGCGAUGGGGUUCUCUUCACAGGGGCUGAAUAGAGAACAGGUGGCGAUAUUGGAGCGAUUAGAAUACAUGAAUAGAGAUGAGCUGCCCCAGAUGAAAGCAGGCCGGGGCUUGGUCCUGUCCGGCGGCCAUGGAUUGCUGAUUAGAAAACACCAUCUGUGGGACCUGCCCAAGGGAAAGCUUUCCGGUGACGAGAAACCGGAGCGAUGUGCGGUGAGGGAAAUCUCUGAGGAGACGGGCCUGCAGCCCAGGCUUCUCUCUAUCCGUGCACCUAUUUGCCGCUCCACCUACAUUUCCUAUUACUCCUAUGGCCCCGUCAACAAGACUGUAGACUGGUAUUUCCUCGACUAUGCAGGGGAGAUUUCGGACCCGCUGACUCCGCAAUUUGAGGAGGACAUUGACCUGUGUCAGUGGGUUGCUUACGAAGACCUCCUCAAGGCCUCUCAGGGGGCCCGCAGCUACUUGAGGCCUGUAUGGCGCGCCAUCAAGAUGGCCCUGUGUCCCUCGGUCGCUGGAAAUCCCGUGGCGUAG